GGCUUCUUUUCAGUCUGUUUAUUUUUUUUCCAAUGCAUCGGUGUGGAUAUGUGCACUUCUGGCUGUUGGGGUCAGUGAUGCUGAUCUGCUCCGUCUCAUCAGCGCCUGGUGAAGCAGUGCUAACACAUCAGAGGUCCAGCCUGAAGCCGUCUGAGCCCAGCUUUCGCUUGAAUGAGUCUGAACAUGCCCCUGGCUCCAAUAUCACAGGAAUACCCAUCGUGACCUUUAAGUGGCAUCAUGUGGAGACCCCUUAUUUAGUGACAGUAUGGAUACUCGUGCCAUUUUUGGGUAAAAUGGUCAUUGAGGCCAACCAUCAUGUCACCAACUUCAUACCCGAGAGCGCCCUGCUCAUCUGCUUCGGAUUCAUUUUGGGUGGGAUUAUUUGGGGUGCAGACAAGGUGCAGACCUUCUCCCUGACCCCGACGACCUUCUUCUACUACCUGCUGCCUCCAGUCAUUAUAGAUGCAGGCUACCACAUGCCAAACAAGCUCUUCUUCACCAACCUGGGUGCCAUCUUGGUCCACGCCAUCAUUGGAACCUGCUGGAAUGCCGCCACUUUGGGGCUGUCGCUGUGGGGGUGUCAGAUAGGAGGAGCCAUGGGUGACCUGAACAUCGGUCUGCUGCAGUAUCUUCUUUUCGGCAGUCUGAUGGCUGCUGUGGACCCCGUGGCUGUCCUAGCUGUGUUUGAACAGGUCCACGUCAAUGACGUCCUCUUCAUCAUGGUGUUUGGAGAGUCGCUGCUGAACGACGGUGUAACUGUGGUACUCUUCAAUGUGUUUGAUGCAUUUGUGUCACUGGGAGGACCCAGAAUUAAUGCUGCAGAAAUUGUUAAAGGAAUAGUUUCCUUCUUUGUGGUCGCAUUUGGUGGUUCCCUGGUGGGCGUAGCAUUCGGCAUAAUAAUUUCACUUCUGACCAGAUGCACGAAAAAGGUCCAGAUCAUUGAGCCAGGCUUCGUCUUUAUCUUUGGAUACCUUUCCUACCUGACUGCAGAUAUGCUUUCUCUGUCUGCUAUCCUUUCGACUACCUUCUACGGGGUGUUCUGUCAGAAGUAUGUCUAUGCAAAUAUGGACGAGAAUUCAGCCCACACAGUCAAAUACGCCAUGAAGGUUUUCGCCAACGGGGCAGAAACCAUCAUCUUUGUUUUCCUCGGCAUCUCGGCCAUCGAUAAGGCAAUCUGGGUUUGGAACACGGGCUUCAUCCUCCUCACGGUCCUCUUUGUCUUGGUGUAUAGAUUCAUCGGUGUGUUUCUCCUUACCUGGAUCCUCAACAGGCACAGGCUGGUCCCCGUGGAGCUUGUAGAGCAGGUGAUUAUGAGCUACGGUGGCCUGCGAGGAGCUGUUGCGUACGGUCUGGCUGUGAUGCUGGAUGAGAAGAGGAUACAGGAGAAAAACCUGAUGAUCGGCACUACUCUCAUUGUAGUGUACUUCACUGUCAUCCUGCAGGGAAUCACGAUGAAACCUCUGGUCAUGUGGCUUAAAGUAAAGCGAGCUGCAGCGACUGAACUCAUGCUCCUGGAAAAAGUGACAAAUAAGAUGUUUAAUCACACUCUGGUUGCCAUAGAAGACAUAUCAGGACAAAUAGGAGAUAACUACAUGAGGAACAAGUGGAAGGAUUUUGAGAAGAAAUGGAUGACGUGGGCUUUGAUGAAGCCGUCUGCAAGGAAGAAACAAGACCGAGUCUUCGAUGUCUUCCAUCAGCUGAACCUGAAGGAUGCUCUGGAAUAUGUGGCUGAAGGUGAGCGCGGAGGUUCUCUGGAGUUCAUCCGUAAUGAAAGUGCCAGUCUUGACUUCAAGAAAAAGUUUGAAGAUGAAUACUCAGAAAUCAUGGCGUACAUGUCAGUUAAUAAUGGUGCAGUGUCCAGAGACCCCAUUCCCUCAGUGAGCUUGGAAAUGCACGAGCAGACCAUGAAGGCUAUGAGGGAAGCUGAGGAAGUGAAUGCUCACCACCUUCUGGAUCAGCAUCUCUACAAGAGCAGAAAACAGCAUCGACACAGGUUCAGUCGCAGCCAUUUUGAUAUCAACACAGAUGAAAAAGAAGUCCAGGAGAUCUUCCAGAGAACCAUGAGGAACCGGCUGGAGUCCUUCAAGUCUGCAAAGAUGGGCGUCACUCCACCAAAGACAAUUACCAAGCACACAAAGAAAGAACAGCAGCACAAGAUGCCAAGCGGACAGUCGAUGGGCAAGAUGAACAAGAGUUUUUCUGGAUAUGAAGCUGGGAUUGAGAACCUAGCCUUCAUGCCCGAUCUGGACCCCACGGGUUCAAUGCAGAUCCCUCCUUGGCUGUUGGCGAGCGAGCUCGACAGCAGCAUGGUGGCUCCAUCGCCGAGAGCCCAGGCAAGUCUCCCCAGGACGCCAACCAACCUGCGCCGCCUGGCCCCUCAUUUCAGCACCGCCUCCUUCAUGCUGGAGAACAUCCUUGACACACAGCAGUCGGACAGCGAUGAGCCACUUCCUCCUCCCAGAAAUGAUGGCUCAAUGUAGCUGGACCCCAAACUUUUGUGUAGAUUGUGAUCAUUUAAAAAAAGGGGGAUUUAAAAUAGAGUUGCUGGAAAUUGCUUCACAAUCUAUAACCUGAAAAUAUACUUGAGUUUUUCUCAGACCU